AUGUCCUUAGACCGCCGUCACCCAGCGUCCCUCCUGCCAAGGUCCCUUCAUAAUCCAUACCUUGUAGAACUUAUGCGUAGGCCUGUCUCAAUGGAGAUGAUCUCUUACAUCGCUCAUCAGGCGUCGCGAGCCAUCAUGAUCAACGAGCAACUCCCUGUUCCCAGCGCCCUCCCAACACCCCCUACGACGCCAAUCAAGGCCCCCUUCUCCGAGACACAGGACAUCGCCCCUCCCGCCCCAGUGGCGCCGAAACUGCCGAGUCUUGUGAGCUUUAUCAUUCGCUUGGUGAACAGGUCGAACGUUCAGGUGCCCACGCUACUCACCACCCUCAUUUACUUGCACCGCGUGCGUGUCAAGGUGCCCGCCAUGACCAAGGGCCGGCCAUGCACCCGACACCGCGUCUUCCUGGCGACGCUGAUCGUAGCAGCCAAGUACCUCAAUGACUCAUCUCCCAAAAACACACAUUGGGCGACAUACGCUGAACACUUUGACCUCCCAGAGGUGAACCUCAUGGAGGAACAGCUUCUCUAUAUACUGGGCUACGACCUCCGCUUCGACGAACAUGAAGCAUGCAUCCACUUUGCGCCUUUCAUG